AUGGUAGAAAUUUUUCAAAUUGGCUCUAUAACAGGAUGUAUUGUGGCUUUGCUUUUGUUCACCGGAUAUGUUUCGCAAGAUUACUUCGUUGUUGAAACGGAACGGAUUCAAAGUCUUACUGUCCACUUCCUUCCUGGCGAGCUUGAGGAAGACAUGCGUUCUAGGACCAAAAAGAUGCUCAACACAACGAUUGAUCAACAAGAAACCAAAUCAGAAGACAAAAAACCUGAAGAAUAUGAAAUUGAACUCAAAGAGGAGCCAACAGAAGAGACUGACGAUCAAAAAUUUGAGAGGAUCGAAAAAGUUCAACAAGAAAGAAUUCAACGAUUGGAAAAUUUCUGCAAAGCAUAUCCUUAUCUCAAAGGUUUGCAGGCAACUAUUUGGUACAGCGCACUUUAUGAAGAAACAGUUAUCUGCCUCAACCCGAAGUCAGGAAGCACUAAUUUGAUGGAUUUCAUUUGGUACUGGAUCAAUGGUGAGCCCUUCCCAGAUGAUAGCGACAAGACGAUUCUCCACGAUGGAAUUAAACCAUUUGAAUCAAGCAUGCCAAAGAUGAAGGCAAAAAUGAAAAGUUUACUGUCGAAAAGAGCAGAGCUUGGAGAAAUUUUUACUGUCAGAGACCCUCUUUCGCGAUUUUUGGCAAGUUGGAGGGACAAAGUCGAAACCGAAAGAUACCCAACAUAUCAUCGAAAUCGUCGAGACUCAUUUUUCUACUACAAGAAAAUCACCACACCCGUUCUUAUGCACAAAAAGAUGGCAUACGUCAAAAGCCUUGACGAUUGGCAAAAAGAAAGCGGAAAAGACGCGACUUUUGGGCUUACUUUUUGCGAUUACGUCGAUUACUACAGUUUGACGGUUGGACAAAUUGGCAAACAAAAAGUAGAUUAUCAUCUUGAAGAGCAGUGGAGAAACUGUGGUGUUUGCUAUGAGCGCUAUAGGACUAGUUUUAUUGGCAACACGGAGACGUACGAUGAUGAUUUAUGGUACUUAUUCACCAAGUUUAAUUUUCGCCCUCCAGAAAACAGCAAAUCUUCACAAUACAACGCUCACCGAACAAACACAAACUCUGAAACGCUAAGAGACUACUUCUCACCGUGCAAAAAAUCUUCAGUCGAAAAUCUGAUCAAACGUUACGCAAAAGACUAUCACGCAUUUGGCUACAAACCCGAGUAUCCUGAGCUUGGAAUCAAAGUUGUUCUGUAA